AUGAGCUUCCUUCGGGCUCUACCGCUGGUGAUCGGUACCGUCGCCCUCCUUGCCACGGCUGCCAACUUGAUCGUCCACAUUGUGCUCGCCACGCACAUCUCUCGCACAUCCCCUGUCCAGGCCGCCGCUGGCGUGUCGGCGGCCUUGGAAGGUCUCGUGCUCAUCAUCCUGGCAUGGUCGUACUCGAGGUACGUGUUCACCGCCCGGGCGGUUUCGUCACGGAGCCCGGUCGUCGUGUUCGGCAUCAGUCUGGCGGCCUGUGUCGUCGCCACAGCCGCAUCGAUAGCUGCCGUCGUUUGCUUGAGCAAGACGGCGUCCGACCUCCCCCACUCUGUCAUGGGUGCCGAUCAGAACAGCUUCCUCGUGGGAUCCUCCACUGUCCUCGGUCUUUCCUUUGCUUGCCAGAUCAUCUUUAUCAUCCUCCACUUCGUCUGGGCGCCCGUGCCGCACCACAGGGGCGGCCUGCACCACGCUGACGAGCCUCGCCGCUUGCCGCAGAUGCACGUCACAGUCCAUCCGAGCACCAGCCCCGGCUUUCCCCUCGACCUGGUGCCGCCGCCGCCGGUGCGGCGCAGGAGCAGGAGCUUCAGCCCGGCGAGGCGGCCGCAGAGCAACUCGCCCGAGCUCGAGGGCUCGGGCGAGGCCAACAUCCACCCCCUCUUCCGCUCCGACUCGCCGGUGCCGCCGCCCAACGUCACGCCCGGCACCGUCGUCGUCGCGUCGCCCAAUGCGGGCCAGGUCAUCUCCGACCGGAAGAGCGUCCGCCGGAUGCGAAGCAGCAGCCUCGCGAACGGCCAGUCGCCACUCAGCCACCAGAGCAGCUUUGAGUUCCUGCCCUCGUCGUCAGUCAAUGAGCAGGAUGAGGUCGAGGAGCAGAGCGAAAUCGAGUCGCCCAGCGAGCGCAAGAUGACGCCGCCCAUCCCCGAGUGGAUCUUGACCGCUGGAUCCAGGUCAAGCCUCACCGGGUACCAGAGCCGCAAGCUCAGGAUCGAUGCCGACCCCGGUUGCUGA